AUGCUGGCACCGCAAUUCCGCACAGCAGCAGUCCGUCUGCCUUUCCGCACAUUCACCCUACGGCAAAUACACGCCAGACCAAAGUCAACGUCAACAAAUGCCAAGACAUCCCCAGAAUCAACCCCGGCAAAGGCUCCAAUUGCGGCCGCAAGCCCAUCCACAUCUCUACCGCCCAUCUGGCAGCGUCUAGGCCCCUUGACCACCGCUGCCAACGCAUACAGUCGGUCCCAGCGUAAGAGACCGUACACGACGCAAGUUGUCGGCGCACUGGUCAUCUACCUGUUUGCCGAUUUGAGCGCUCAACGAAUCGGAGGGAGGGAAUAUGACCCCAAGAGGACGGGGAGGACGCUUCUCAUAGGACUAGCUGCGGCUAUUCCUUAUUAUCACUGGUUUCUUUUCCUGUCAACCAACUUCAACUAUGCGUCCAAGGCUCUAUCAAUAGCUACCAAAGUCGGAAUUAACCAGCUUUUCUUCACACCCACCUUCAACACGUACUUUUUCGGUGCCCAGGCUCUCUUGUCUGGAGAGACGAUUGAGGCUACUGUCCAGCGAGUCUGGGAUACUGUCCCGACUAGUUGGCUGAACUCGUUCAAGGUGUGGCCUGCAACUGUGGCUUUCUGCAUGGCCUUCUUGCCGUUUGAGUUUAGGAGUAUUUUCUCUGGGUUUGUCGCCGUUGGGUGGCAGACUUAUUUGAGUUACUUGAAUAGACAAGCUGAACUGUUGGAAGAGGCGAGGAAGAUGGUCAAGGGGUCUGCUGGGGUAGAAAGUGUGGUCGUCGCGGCUGUUGGAAACCAAGGCGUUGCGACUGCAGUAUAG